GGCGGCGGCGGCGCCGGGUGGGGAUGGGGUCGCAGACGCUGCAAAUCCUCCGGCAGGGGGUGUGGGCCGCGCUCAGCGGAGGCUGGUACUACGACCCGCACCAGGCCACCUUCGUGAACGCGCUGCACCUCUACCUGUGGCUCUUUCUGCUCGGCCUGCCCUUCACCCUGUACAUGGCCCUUCCUUCUUCUAUGAUUAUAGUAGCAGUUUAUUGCCCUGUGAUAGCUGCUGUUUUCAUUGUUUUGAAGAUGAUCAACUAUCGACUCCACAGAGCACUUGAUGCUGGAGAAGUUGUAGAUAGGAACACAAAUGAGUUCACAGAUCAGGGAGCCAAAGCUGAGCAAGGCAACUGUUCAACUAGGAGAAAAGACAGCAAUGGACCAAGUGAUCCUGGUGGAGGGAUUGAAAUGUCCGAGUUCAUUCGUGAGGCCACACCACCAGUUGGUUGCAGCUCAAGAAAUUCUUAUGCUGGCCUAGAUCCAAGCAACCAGAUUGGAUCUGGUUCUUCUCGUCUUGGAACAGCAGCAACUAUUAAAGGAGAUACAGACACUGCUAAAACUUCUGAUGAUAUCAGUUUAAGUCUGGGCCAGAGCUCUAGUCUUUGUAAGGAAGGAAGUGAAGAACAAGAUUUGGCAACUGAUCGGAAGCUCUUCCGUCUGGUCUCCAAUGAUUCCUUCAUCUCCAUUCAGCCUUCCUUAUCUUCUUGUGGACAGGACUUACCACGGGACUGCAGUGACAAAGUGAGCCUGCCAAGUCACAGCCACCAUCAUCAUGUCGAUCAGUCUCUGUCCAGUGCAUGUGAUACCGAAGUAGCUUCUCUUGUUCCUUUGCAUUCACACUCUUAUAGGAAAGAUCACCGGCCACGAGGUGUGCCACGGACUUCUAGCUCUGCUGUGGCUUUUCCAGAUGCCUCACUGAAUGACUUCCCUCUGUACCAGCAAAGACGUGGCUUAGAUCCAGUUAGUGAGUUAGAAUCUUCCAAGCCUCAUUCUGGAUCCAAAGAAUCCUUGGUGGAAAAUUCUUGUUUAUCUGGGGAAUUUCAGCUUGUUGGUGAGCUGAAAAACAGUAAGUCUCAGCCACCUACAAAGAGUGGGAAGAGCAAACCUUUGAAAGCAGACAAAAGCAUGGACAGCUUGAGGAGCCUGAGCACGCGCAGUAGUGGGUCCACAGAGAGCUAUUGCAGUGGAACGGACCGUGAUACCAACAGUACUGUCAGCAGCUAUAAGAGUGAGCAUACCAGCUCAACUCACAUAGAGAGCAUCUUGUCAGAGCAUGAGGAGUCUCCUAAAGUAGGAAAGAAAAAUGGUAGGAAAAAAGAGUGCUGUGCUGACCCAGAAGACAAGACUAGCUGUACCAGUGACAAAAGGACUAGUAGUGAAAAGACUGCCUUGGAAGUGAGUAUAAAUAGUGGGGUUCAAGAGGCCAAGGACUGUAAUACCUGUGAUGAUAUUCACAGUCAGAGAGGUCUCAGCACCUCUGUAUCUGAAGAAGCCAAUAAAAAUCCCCAUGCAAACGAAUUUACUUUGCAAGCGGACAGACCACUUGGGAAAACAGCUGAAAACAAAGAGGAGCAGAGUGAUAAGCCCGCCGUUUCAGUGGACUCAAAAGUUGGGAAAGAUAUUGGCGGAAAGCAAAAGGAAGGAGAUGUACGACCUAAAUCUUCCAGCUUAAUCCACCGGACAGCCUCUGCCCAUAAGUCGGGCAGGAGACGGACAGGAAAGAAACGGGCCAGCAGUUUUGAUUCAAGUCGGCAUAGGGACUAUGUUUCUUUUCGAGGUGUUUCUGGUACCAAGCCACACAGUGCUAUAUUCUGUCACGAUGAUGACUCUAGUGACCAAAGUGACUUGAGCAGAGCAUCUAGUGUUCAAUCUGCUCACCAAUUCAGCAGUGAUAGCUCUUCUAGCACGACUUCUCAUUCGUGUCAGUCCCCUGAGGGCAGAUACAGUGCUUUGAAGACCAAACAUGUUCCUAGAGAAAGGGGCACCGACUCUGAGCACACACACAAAUCUCGUUUGGGUCCUGAAGGAUCUGGCAAAAAGCGGGCGACACGUCGGACUUCCAGCACAAAUAAUGCCAAGACUCGAGCCCGAGUGCUGAGCCUGGACAGUGGCGCAGUAGCGUGCUUGAAUGACUCCAGCAGGCUGCUGGCACCCCAAAGUAUAAAACCCUUAACCACUUCAAAAUCAGAUCUUGAGGCCAAAGAGGGAGAGGUGCUAGAUGAGCUCUCUUUAUUGGGACGGGCUUCCCAGUUAGAGACAGUCACUCGAUCUAGGAAUAGCUUGCCAAGCCAGGUAGCAUUUCCUGAAGGCGAAGAGCAAGAUGCAGUCAGUGGAGCAGCACAGGCCAGCGAGGAGACGGUGUCAUUUCGCCGUGAACGCAGCACAUUUAGGCGCCAGGCAGUACGGCGCCGGCACAAUGCAGGGAGUAACCCUACCCCUCCUACAUUGCUCAUCGGAUCACCCCUAAGCCUUCAAGAUGGGCAGCAAGGCCAGCAGUCCACAGCCCAGGUCAAAGUCCAGUCCCGCCCCCCUUCCCAGGCUGCAGUGCUCAGUGCUAGUGCCUCCUUGCUGGUGAGAAAUGGGAGUGUCCACUUAGAAGCAUCACAUGACAAUGCAUCUGCUGUAGGCGGCAGCAGUUUGCAAGAUGAACUUGGUAAAUUCUCUUCUACACUUUAUGAGACUGGCGGCUGUGACAUGUCACUUGUGAAUUUUGAACCAGCAGCAAGAAGAGCAUCCAAUAUCUGCGACACGGAUUCUCAUGUAUCCAGUUCUACCUCAGUUCGAUUUUAUCCACAUGAUGUGCUCUCUCUUCCACAGAUUCGAUUGAACAGACUAUUGACCAUCGAUACAGAUUUGUUGGAGCAACAAGACAUUGAUUUAAGCCCAGACCUGGCAGCUACUUAUGGUCCAACAGAAGAAGCUGCCCAAAAGGUUAAACAUUAUUAUCGCUUUUGGAUCCUGCCUCAGCUAUGGAUCGGCAUUAACUUUGACAGACUCACACUUUUGGCCCUUUUUGAUAGAAAUCGUGAGAUCCUGGAAAAUGUGUUAGCUGUCAUCUUGGCUAUUAUUGUGGCAUUUUUGGGAUCUAUUCUUCUCAUACAAGGCUUCUUCAGAGAUAUCUGGGUCUUCCAGUUCUGCCUGGUUAUAGCCAGCUGUCAAUACUCACUACUUAAGAGUGUUCAACCAGAUUCUUCUUCUCCCAGACAUGGUCAUAAUCGUAUUAUUGCCUACAGUAGACCAGUUUAUUUCUGUUUAUGCUGUGGUCUUAUUUGGCUCUUGGAUUAUGGUAGCAGAAACCUUACUACAACCAAAUUCAAAUUAUAUGGAAUAACUUUCACCAAUCCGCUGGUGCUUAUAUCAGCCAGGGAUUUAGUUAUAGUGUUUACACUCUGUUUCCCAGUAGUAUUUUUCAUUGGUCUCCUGCCUCAGGUGAAUACAUUUGUAAUGUACCUUUGUGAACAAUUGGAUAUUCAUAUCUUUGGUGGUAAUGCCACUACAAGCUUGCUUGCAGCACUCUACAGUUUUAUCUGUAGCAUUGUAGCAGUAGCCUUACUGUAUGGAUUGUGUUAUGGCGCUUUAAAGGAUUCUUGGGAUGGUCAACAUAUUCCAGUACUUUUCUCCGUUUUUUGUGGUUUGUUAGUUGCAGUAUCCUAUCAUCUCAGCCGACAAAGCAGUGAUCCAUCUGUACUUUUCUCUUUGGUGCAGUCCAAGAUUUUUCCAAAAACAGAAGAGAAAAAUCCAGAAGACCCUCUGUCUGAAGUAAAAGAUCCACUGCCUGAAAAACUUAGAAAUUCUGUUAGUGAACGUUUACAGUCUGACCUAGUGGUAUGCAUUGUGAUUGGUGUGCUGUAUUUUGCUAUUCAUGUAAGCACAGUGUUCACAGUAUUGCAGCCUGCUCUCAAGUAUGUAUUGUAUACAUUGGUCGGCUUUGUGGGUUUUGUAACCCAUUACGUGCUGCCUCAAGUUAGAAAACAGCUCCCGUGGCACUGUUUCUCUCACCCUCUGCUGAAGACAGUGGAGUAUAAUCAAUACGAAGUUCGAAAUGCUGCCACUAUGAUGUGGUUUGAGAAACUUCAUGUGUGGCUUCUUUUUGUGGAGAAGAAUAUCAUCUAUCCAUUGAUUGUUCUCAAUGAACUUAGUAGCAGUGCAGAGACAAUUGCUAGUCCAAAAAAACUGGAUACAGAAUUAGGUGCUUUAAUGAUCACCAUUGCUGGACUGAAGUUGCUACGAUCCUCUUUUAGUAGCCCUACAUAUCAAUAUGUCACAGUCAUCUUUACUGUGCUCUUUUUCAAAAUUGACUAUGAAGCUUUUUCAGAGACCAUGCUAUUGGAUCUCUUCUUCAUGUCCAUACUCUUCAACAAGCUUUGGGAACUCCUUUAUAAAUUGCAGUUUGUGUAUACUUACAUUGCCCCAUGGCAAAUUACAUGGGGUUCUGCUUUCCAUGCUUUUGCUCAGCCCUUUGCAGUGCCCCAUUCAGCCAUGUUGUUUGUUCAGGCUGUUGUAUCAGCCUUCUUUUCUACGCCACUAAACCCCUUUCUGGGAAGUGCAAUAUUCAUCACUUCAUAUGUUCGACCUGUGAAAUUCUGGGAGAGAGACUAUAACACAAAACGAGUGGAUCAUUCUAAUACCAGAUUGGCUUCCCAGCUUGAUAGAAAUCCAGGAUCAGAUGACAACAAUCUGAAUUCCAUCUUUUAUGAACAUUUAACCAGAUCACUACAACACAGUCUCUGUGGUGAUUUGCUUCUAGGACGGUGGGGAAACUACAGUACAGGGGACUGUUUCAUUCUUGCCUCUGACUAUCUCAACGCAUUAGUACACCUUAUAGAGAUCGGCAAUGGGCUGGUCACUUUUCAGCUGCGGGGACUUGAAUUCCGAGGAACUUACUGUCAACAGCGAGAAGUGGAGGCCAUCACUGAAGGUGUUGAGGAGGAUGAAGGGUUUUGCUGUUGUGAACCUGGCCACAUUCCCCAUGUGCUUUCAUUUAACGCUGCGUUUGGCCAGCGCUGGCUAGCUUGGGAAGUCAUAGUCACCAAGUAUAUUCUGGAGGGCUAUAGCAUCACUGACAAUAGUGCUGCUUCUAUGCUUCAAGUCUUUGAUCUUCGGAAAGUACUCACCACUUACUAUGUUAAGGGUAUCAUUUAUUAUGUUACGACCUCUUCUAAGCUAGAGGAGUGGCUAGCUAAUGAGACAAUGCAGGAAGGACUACGCCUGUGUGCAGAUCGAAAUUAUGUUGAUGUGGAUCCAACAUUUAAUCCAAACAUUGAUGAAGACUAUGACCAUCGACUAGCAGGCAUAUCCAGGGAGAGUUUCUGUGUGAUUUACCUCAAUUGGAUAGAAUAUUGCUCUUCCCGAAGAGCAAAGCCACUGGAUGUAGACAAAGAUUCCUCCCUGGUGACUCUUUGUUAUGGAUUAUGUGUUCUGGGGCGGAGAGCUUUGGGGACUGCAUCCCACCAUAUGUCCAGUAAUUUAGAGUCAUUCCUCUAUGGACUGCAUGCCCUGUUUAAGGGAGAUUUCCGUAUUUCCUCAAUUCGCGAUGAAUGGAUCUUUGCUGACAUGGAAUUGCUGAGAAAAGUAGUCGUCCCUGGAGUCCGUAUGUCCAUUAAACUUCAUCAGGAUCAUUUCACUUCUCCAGAUGAGUACGAUGACCCUACCGUGCUCUAUGAAGCCAUUGUAUCUCAUGAAAAAAACCUGGUAAUAGCCCAUGAAGGAGACCCUGCGUGGCGGAGUGCAGUUCUUGCCAACUCUCCCUCCUUGCUUGCUUUGCGGCACGUCAUGGAUGAUGGCACCAAUGAAUACAAAAUCAUCAUGCUCAACAGACGCUACCUUAGCUUCAGGGUCAUUAAAGUGAAUAAGGAAUGUGUCCGAGGUCUCUGGGCAGGGCAGCAGCAGGAGCUUGUUUUCCUACGUAACCGUAACCCAGAGAGAGGUAGCAUCCAAAAUGCAAAGCAAGCUCUGAGAAACAUGAUCAACUCAUCUUGUGAUCAACCUAUUGGCUACCCGAUUUUUGUUUCACCCCUGACAACUUCUUAUUCUGACAGCCAUGAGCAGCUUAAAGAAAUUCUUGGGGGACCUAUCAGUUUGGGAAAUAUCAGAAAUUUCAUAGUGUCAACCUGGUACAGGUUAAGGAAAGGUUGUGGAGCUGGAUGUAACAGUGGUGGCAAUAUUGAAGAUUCCGAUACUGGAGGUGGAACUUCCUGCACUAGUAACAAUGCAACAACUGCCAAUGAUCCCCACAGCAGUGUAUCCCAAGGAAGUGCCGGAAAUCCAGCCCCGGGAUCAGGAGCAGGACUCCAUCCGCCUGUCACAUCUUAUCCUCCAACACUUGGCACUAGCCACAGCUCUCACUCUGUACAGUCAAGCCUGGUCAGACAGUCCCCUGCUCGGGCCUCAGUAGCCAGUCAGUCUUCUUACUGCUACAGCAGCCGGCAUUCAUCCCUCCGGAUGUCCACCACGGGAUUUGUGCCUUGUCGGCGCUCUUCUACCAGUCAGAUAUCACUUCGAAACUUACCAUCAUCCAUCCAGUCUCGCCUCUCUAUGGUGAACCAAAUGGAACCCUCCGGGCAGAGCGGCAUGGCCUGUUUGCAGCACGGCCUGCCUUCUUCCAGCAGCUCCAGCCAAAGCAUCCCAGCCUGCAAACAUCACACGCUCGUUGGCUUUCUUGGGACAGAUGGAGGUCAGAGUAGUGCCACUGAUGCACAGCCAGGCAACACCUUAAGUCCUGCCAAUAAUUCACAUGCCAAAAAGGGGGAGGUGAUUUACAGAGUCCAAAUCGUGGAUCCCAGUCAAAUUCUGGAUGGGAUCAACCUGUCAAAAAGAAAAGAGCUGCAGUGGCCUGAUGAAGGCAUUCGGUUGAAAGCUGGGAGAAACAGCUGGAAAGACUGGAGCCCUCAGGAGGGCAUGGAAGGCCAUGUGAUUCACCGAUGGGUGCCUUGCAGCAGAGAUCCAGGUACUAGAUCUCACAUUGACAAGACAGUACUUCUGGUCCAGAUUGAUGACAAAUAUGUGACUGUAAUUGAAACUGGGGUACUAGAACUUGGGGCUGAAGUGUGAGCCAGUGUUUUAUAACUACAUUUCUUUUCCUUCUGAAUUCCAAGACAUUGGAAAAAGAGAGGAGAGAGCAGAAGAUGCCUGCAGGUAUCACUUUGAUCCUUUAUAGGAGAGACUUGAACAUAGAGUGGGCUUGGUUAAGCGCCUCUCCUUUGCCCUUCACCCUGACUCCUGUCACUGUUUUUGUCCCCAAAUAAAGCUGAAAUAUUUUUUUAAGUUAGCUGCCAAGAAAACAUUUUGCAUGAAGGAUAAAACUGUUAAAAUACAUCCUUUAAAAAAGUUUUUUUCCUAUGCAUUGCCUUUGCUUUAAAUCAGCAAACUCUUGAUUUCUAAACUAUGAUCUCAUAUUUUUCUAAUUUCUUUGCCAAAAAUAAUUGCCAUGUUUUGUCAUAGAACACAAAAUUCAUUUCCUUGACUUUUAAAAACAGAACAGUAUAGAAACCUUCAGUUUGACAUAUAGCAGUAUAAAAGUUUAAUGUACAGUGAAAAAAAGAGACUAUGAACAGACAUAGAUAUAUCUUAUUCCUUGAGCGCUAAAAACUUUAAUGAAAAAAACUGCACUAAUUUUUUACAACAAUGCACUAAAGUCUGAGAUUUCUCAGAACAUUUAUUUAUAUAUAUAAAAAUAAAAUACCAUUAUUUAAAUUGCCUUUGGGAUUUACCCCUUCCCUUUCCUUAUAAACAUACAUAGCAGAAACUGAGCUGCCCAUUUUUCUGUUAGUAGUCUGUACUUCUUGCAGUACAUUGGAUGUUUUCUUUAAAAUGAAUACUAAGUCUCAAGAUAAACAUAGUUUCAUCCUUGGCAUUUCCCGGAACCAAUAGUCAUGAGUCGGUCCUGUGAACACUACUGCCAGCUCCUGUGUCCACACUGCAGAUGAGCUCCAGCAUGGUGAGUGCCCCAGGUACUCUGCUUCCCUCCACCUGGGGAAGCUCUGCUGGGGCCAGUCUCGGGAAGAAAAUACUCUUGCUUUUCAAAGAAGAAGAUGAAUAUCCAAGAAUUUAAAGAAAGGAUUGGUUGCCUUUUAUUUUAAGAGUUCUUAGCUCUUGAAGUCAUUCACAAGUAGUUCAGUUAAUCAAGUAAAAUUUUUUCAAAUACAGUUAUCUAAAUGGUGCAGUUCUUAUUGUUAUUUCUCUCUGUAAUAACUUUGCCUUUUAUUUUCUUCCUUCUUUUUCUAUUACUUGAAUCUUAUUUCCUGUAAUUUAUAGUGUGUAGCUGUAAUUUGAAAUAUUUAUAACUGUGAAAAUGACUUAUUCAUAUGUUGUCUCAUAAAUUUUAUUUUUUUUAAGUGCAUGUAUUCAGGGAAAUAUGUAACUCAGAUUUAUAAUUGGGCUAGGUGGGAACUGCAAUUUAGAUUUAAUUUGUCAACUUUUGGCAUUUUUUAAAUCCUUCAGAAAACUUUUCCUUUUUGUGUGAAACUCCAAAGAAGACUGUACAUAUCCUCUGAGCAUUAGGAGCAGCCGUCUUUCUAACCUCUGAGUGGAAAAUGAAAAGCAGGUGGAAUUAAUUUUAACUAUACAUUUAAUCUAAUAUAUCCAAAGUAUUACCGUUUUAACAUGUGGCACUAGUCAUAUUUCAAGUAUUCAUUAGCCACAUAUGCCUACUGGCUAUUAUAUUGGAUAGCUUGGGUUUAAAGUAUCUUUUCGAUGAGGUGACAGGGGAGAGAAGCUGUUUUUUCUACUAAUUGUGAUGAGAUCUUCCAGCAUAGCAUAACACUUCAGUAAAAGGAAUGAGAACUAAGAAAGGAAGUAAAUAGUUAAUAUACAGCAUCUUACUGCAUUUCUACUCAAAACCUAUUUAUUUUUCCUUGUUCUAAUUUAAAAUUUUGUGGUUAUUCAGGACCCAAUGUGCCUUGUGUUGAUGUUUCCAGACUUUACACUUUGCAAAAUUUACUGUUUAAAAACAUUUAUCAAAUGAUUUUCUGAACCUUUACACAAAGGUACCUUUCUAAAUUGACCAAUUAAAAUCUAUUUUCCUGAUACUGUCAUUAUAUUCUGUAUUUGCCUCUUUUUGGCAAAUCUGUAGUAUGCCAUUAAGGUUCGGGCUCUUUUUUUCCCCUUCUGAAGCUGAAUAUAUGAUUAUCUAUAUCUAUUUAUUUAUUUAAAAUCUUCUCAAAGGAAUUAUGCUCCCUGCUGUUUGUUGUCUUUCUGAAAUAAAUAUGAUCAUUUUAUGGUCAUUGCCUAGAUGAUUAGUGGAGCCUUUUCAAUCUUAAAUGGAAGAUAACUCAUUUUCCUACUCAGAAAAAAUAACCCUCAAUUUCAAAUAAUUCAGUCAGAAGUGUUAGACUUAUUUUUAUUCCUAGCCUCACCCCCUACCCUCAGUUGUUAAAACACAUCACAUACUCCAAAGUAGAUUUCAAAUGCCAGACUAGAUUGUAUAUAGAACAUAUAUAUUGGGUCUUGAUUUGCGGUAGCAGCUAAUGGACAUUUUUCUUAAAACAAGUUGAACUUUGUUAUCAGAUAGUCCUGUAGUGAAGUUUUAUGAAUGAGAAACCCUAAAAAGAAACUUGUUCUUAUUUUUUAAGACUAAAACUGUCUUUUAAAUAAUAAUACUUUGCUAAUAAUUUCAUCAAGGGAAAUAGUGAUAAUUGAAGAAAGAUUCAUGUCUUAAGAAUAAUUUGACCUAAAUUAUUAUGUAGAAAUAUACAUACUUCAAUUAAUUAAAUUGAUCAUACAUGUCUUAUUCUACACCACCCCCCCCAGAAAAUAGUGAGCUAUUUGUGUAGAUUCCCUGCUUAACUUUUUUCAUUAGUCUUUCAAGAAAGACUCCAGCAUAUAUACAUUACUGUCUUUAGUUCACAUUUGCCCAAACUUUCAGAGUUCUAUAAUUUAAAAGUAAAAAUAUGUAAUUAAAACACUAGAUUUUUUUUUUAAAUAUGGCUUCAUUGAUAUCUAUUUUUUUCUUGUUUAAUUUUAUUUUUUCCCCCUUUGAGUUAUAAAUUUUUAGCUUCUCUUUUUGUUUCCUCUCAUUCAGUAGCAAAAAUAAUUUUAUAACUCAAAAUUAAGCUUUUGGUUAAUCUUCCAGCUUAUAACUUCGUGUGAGCCCUCUUUUUACAUUUUCAAUACUUGAUGAAACUUUAAAUGUUCACUUUUUUCUAAAGAACUCUAACUUUUUUAAGAGCCUAAAUUAAUACAUUGAUAUGUAAGGGGCUUGAGAGUACUUGAUGAGGCCGUAUAUUUUUAAGAUAAGAGGAGAUUAGUUUAAAAUCUAGUUUAAAAUUAGUUUAAGAUUAGUUUAAAAUUAGUUCCUUUCAGAAAAUUAGUGAACAAACUUCAUCAGUGUUCUGCCUUCUUUGGGUUUCCAUUACUGGAAGAUUAACUUCCAUUAAGUUCGAAGUAUUUUUUAAAAUAUUUCAAGUAUAUCUGAGAUACUUCUAUUAAUCCUUGAAACAGAAGUAGUCAGAUAGUGUUUCUGUCCUGAGUGAAAUUUUGAAAAUUACUCUGUAUACUAAAUGUCUGGCAAUGAAAAUACAAGUUUUUAUGUAGGAAACUACAUCUCAUUUAAAAAGAUGUAUUUUUUUCUAGGUUGGUUUAUUUUUAUACCUCAUAUCAAAAUAUAAAAAACAGCCUCAAAUCUAAGCAAGGGUUGCUUAGCCUCAGUAAAUUCUACUUUGUUUUUGAGUAGCAUCCUUCUGCUUCUCUUAGAAAGUCUUCAUUUGGUGGAUUGUUACAUUGAGUCAUUCAUCCAGAACUGGGUCUUUUAAACUUAUAAUUUGCCCAGAGUCUAAAGUGAUCUUUUUCUUUUAGUUAAUUUUUGAAAAUCCUUCCUCCAAAAUAUGUGACUUGAGAAAGAGAUAACAGUAAUUUUGAGUAAGAAUUCUUGAAAUUUAUAUAUAUUAGUUACUAAACUAUAAACUGCAGUCCAGGUUGUUAAUUGCUUUUGUGAUUAUUUUUAUUACUUCUUCAUGAAUAUGAACAAAGCCCUUCCCCCGCCCCAUAAGUUUUCAGUAUUCAUUCUUAGUUUUCUUUGUAGUGUAAUGUGAUAACAUAAAAUUACUUUGCCCGGAUACAGACCCAGUUGAUAAUUUUUUUGAUCAGAUACAUUUUUCAGAUGAUGUAUAAAACAUCCAUUUUUAUUUAGAGGCUUUUCUUUUAAUUCCAAGAAGAAUGGAGAAAAUAAUGUCAAUCAAGGCUAAGAUGAUACGUGGAACCUAUUAGUGGACUUUGAGCUUUAUAUUUUAGUAAUAUGUAGAAACUGAGUUUUAUUGAUCAGGAGAAAGAGAAAAAAUAGAUAUUACUAUGUAUUUGUGCAGCAUACAUUUUAAUACUACAUUGGAUAUGUAUAAUGGAUUUUUGGGUGUGUUCUUUUUUAAAGUAUUAGAAAACCA